CCGGACAGCGUGCUGCAAAGCGGGCUGGGUCUGGGCCCGGGGCCCGACACGGCCCUGCGCUCCAUGGUAGACCCGAGAGACUAUGAUCGCCUCCGCUUCUUUCAAAUGAACGCCCAACCCAACACAUUUGAAGAAACUAUACAUAGGUUAAAAGUUCAGGAAGCAAUGAAGAAAAAAGACAAAAUAGCGAGAGAACAGGAAGAGAUUUUAAGGGAUAUUAGACAUGGACUGAUGAACAUGGGACGGGAUGGUGUGCGAGGACCUUUUGGCGACGAUACGUAUAUGUACGACGACGAGGCGAGAGGUCUGUCCGGGCGAGGGCACUGGUAUGACGAGCCGCCGUACGAGAGCGACCCCGAAGAUUUUCUCAUGGGCGGAGGAGCCCCGGCCGCCUCGUUUCAAAAUGGCCGCGUGUGCUUCACUCUCAACCUCCGCAAUGAAUCGAGAGGUGAAGGCGUGAUAUCUCUCAGAACCGCCGGCGACAUAAGCCUAGCGAGAGCCCCUCGACGGGGAUUAAUAAUUCCGCAGAGCGGACCCUACCCGACAACCGUGAUCCCGUUGCGAACAGCAAGGGACCGCGAGAGCGGGGAUUACGCUGCGUCCGAUAUACAGUCUAUAGGCUCGAGGCUGUCUGGAAUAUCGCUGGACUCCACGAGGUCAGAGAGGGAUUCCAGAAGAGGCUACCGGCAAAUGUCAGGAUACCGGAUAGGCGACCCACUAUCGCCCGCUUCUUCGGAUUACGAAGAUCAAGAAAGCGAAACUGAUUCACAACAUAUAGCAACCGUGCACCAGUCGGCUGAAGAGUGCGAAGGGGUUUCCAACCUUGCAGGAAAAGUGCGAGGGCUUAGGCAAGAUGUACAAAGAAAAAUUUCAAGAUUACGACAAGAGACCGGACCGGAAGGCACCGACCGGCGGACGAGCGCCGACCAAGCGUUCCCUUGUUCUAAUAGUUCGUUCGAAAGUCUUCCCAGCGGAUCAGGCAGUAGCACACAAGCAUUGGUUCGAGCCGGUAGUAAUCACUCAUCUCUCUCGGCAGAAGAAAAUAUAGAAUUAAGUCCGGCCGGGCGGAGCUUACUCGCGCCGCAAAUGCUGUGCAGGGCGCGCGCGCUCGUUGAUUUCGUGCCCAAUAUUUACGACAAAGAUGCUUUGAGAUACAAGAAAGGGGACAUCAUCGAGGUAAUCAACAUGAACGCAUCUGGGAUCUGGCGAGGCGUUUUAAAUAACAAAGUUGGAAACUUUAAAUUCGCAAACGUUGAAGUACUAUCCGACAGAGAAACGAUGCGAUCGAGGUCAUCCAAAUGGUGCAAGAGCCGGGAGAGGCUUUGGGAAACGCGACCAAGAACGGUGGAAGAAUUGUUGAGGAGAAUAGAUUUACCGGAGUACACAGUGGCCUUUGCAAGAAAUGGAUACGAAGAUAUAGAACUCUUUAAAGAAAUCGAACCAUCCGAUCUUGACUACUUAGGAAUAAUGACCCCUGAGCACCGCACUCGCAUUCUGGCUGCUGUACAACUGCUGCACCAACUCGAAUGUGGCGAAGGUGACUGUGAAGGAGAAGGCGGUGGCUCCAGUUCCGAAGGUGGCGAUUCACCAUUCGGUCGGCGGCAAUUUCCCCGUGACUCCGGGUGUUAUGAAGCGGGCGUUGGAGUCGGCGGAGUAAGAGUUCGGACGUCUCCUCUCGUCCACAGAUCAGACGAACCGUCGCACCGGCCGCCAGAGCCGGCUCCACAGGCCAAGCGUUCCGUCCGUCGCCGACAGCCCGACGACGCCGAAUGCGACAGAAUCGAGCGUUACCCGGGUACUAAUGCGGAAAGAAUCACGAACAGGAGCGUCGGCUUGCCUGGAGGCGGCCGAGACGAUACAUGUGAAUCAGAUCACAGGCUUAACGUAGUCAAAUUCGUGGCCGGCGGGGAGCCUUGCGCCUCGGAAAAGAGCAGUGAUUCCGGUGUGAGUAGUUCUUCGCUGAGUUCGGCGCAUCCUCAUCGUCCCUGAGCGAGGCCCGCCGCGCCCGCGCUCGCCUAGGCACUGGCGCGGGCGCGAGCGCAGGCCGCGCUGCCGCCCGCACCCCCCGGCCCCGUCGCAGAAGCAGAACCUUCCGAAACGCACAUUGAGUAAGGCCUCGACAGGCUAUCGCGUCACGUCUAAAGUGAAUCAGUAUUUUUGUCGUACAUUCCACCUUAUUCGAAUUUUACGCGCCGGUUACCGUGCUUUAGAUGACGACAAUGAGAAGGGACUAUCGAAUGUGCUUGCUAGGGGGCAGUGGGGGUUACCGUGGACGUUUUAGGUAUUUGAUCUAUCAAUCGGGCCGUUUUCGUAAAGAAAACUAGCCAAAUAGAUAAGUAGAACGGCUGCAAAGAGCUUAGAAGUAUGUAAAACACAGACAGACUUUAAAUCAUGGCAUUUAAAGAUUUAGAGAUGUUUGUUCCGAAAUAAGACUGAUGGUUCUGUCUGGUCAGCUUUAAAUACUUCUUCAAUCUUAUUGUAUAUUACAGGCAUAGCGCCUAUGGUAAUAUUUGGUGUUAUGUUCAAUGUUGGAACUGAAAGCAAUUUCUCUGGCACUAAAUAUUAUUAGUGAUAUAUUAUUAUUUAAACAAUGUUAAAGAAAUAAAUUUCAUGCCUACUUUAUUGAUGGAAUAAAAGGAAAAAUGGGUAACAGACGUGCUUGUAAAGAAUCUAUUUCUUUGAAAUAGAUAUAUUACUUUCUUUCUAGUGAUUAAAUUGAUGAGUUUUAAAGUUACUAGGGGAAAUUACAGUGGCUUAGUCUUUGGAAUCUUGUUAUUGUGAAUCGUAUAGUUAUGAUAUUUGUUUAAUAAUACUGUUUUGAAAUAUCUUGUAUUAAUCUAUCAUUCCUUUACUAAAAUUAAAAGCAUAUCAUAACGAAGCCAAUCUUAUUUUAAGUUGCUUUUAAGCGUUAUUUUCAUAAACUCUGUUCAAAAAUCACAUUAAAAGUUCAUUAUGACAAUACACGACCAUUGAAAAUGGUUUCUUAUAAAAUGCUGUCUCCGCUACAAAAUGUUCUUUUUGAAUAGAGUAAAAUAUAUAUUUCGAUGAAUUAUAAGUUGUAGAAGAGGCAAUAAGCCAGCUAGGACUGGGGCGUUGUAAGCGCAACAUUUCGAUAGCAAUAAUUGUAAAUAAAGUUAGUAGAUAGGCUAAUUAUUGUACGUUGAAACUUUUUGUAAUUUUUUAAGAGAGCUUUAUGCGGGUAUCCGCAUGUACAGUAUAGUUGUAGGUGUCCCGGUGUGAGAUUUUGAAUUUCACCCAAGCUUCCGACUCAUGUUUUUGUCAUUCGUCGUACUUUAUGGCUUUCACACUUGCGACUGGCCCGCGUCGUAAAAUGACAAGUGUAGUUUUACUGCCGGCUGAAAAUCUGACUUAUUUUAGAGAUUCGACAGACGACCUCCAUAAUAGUAAAACUGGAGCUAAACUCUGAUUUGUAUUUCUACUCUGAAAUAUUUUACUUAAACCGACUUAUGUAUGAUGAUCUUAUAUUAAUAACAUUUACCUACUUAUGUUCUUGUCUACAGUUUCAUUUUUAAAUUAUUAACUUUUCGAAAUAGUUUUUGUACAAAGCAAUAUUUAUAUAAAUACAAAAUGAUCUUUUUAACAGAGUAUUAAUGAGUUAACUCGAUAGCUCAUAAGCUUACCCACAUUGUAUUUCUACAAUUACAAAUAACUCAUUGACUGACAUUGUUAAGCUAAAUGUAAAGGACGCCAUUUUUUUUGGAAGAGCAUUAUAAAGCAGUGCAUUAACCUUUCGUAUGCUUAUGCAAAAUAUUGGCUGUUCCAAGUAUGAACUUAUUGGCAUGGUUAAAUUAAAUGUAGGGAUGCACUGAUCAGUACUAAAGCGUACCAAAGGUUAAUAGUCUAGCUACCGAAGAAGCUACGAACUGUUUUAGUUCGUGAUGUAAUUCUUCGCCAGUUCCCUACAUUUUUCGUGUUUAUGCCGGUUCAUUGCAAGACUCGCAGAGGCCUCGUCCGGCCAGUCUCCGUGCAAAGCGACUAAUUAGCGAACACUUGCCUGCCAUCAGUGUUCCCUUUUGUAAAUUUUGUAAAAAUCUCCUUAAAAUGCACUUUUUGACUACAAUUGUGAACUAGUCCGAACUAUUAAGUGUAUAUAGAUAAAUGUUUGUUACUUGUAUAUUAUAGAUAGAAUAUAUUUCUUUGGCAAUUAUUGUAUAUUCAAUAAUUCAUUCUUUAUUGAAACUUAAAUAUUAUAAAGUAAUUUAUUUAUAAUUGAAUUACGUUUCAAAUGCUCAGGUAGAAAAUGUGGAUCCAUUCGUUGGAAACUAGGACUUGUUUUAAGACUUGUGAUUACUGAUAAUUUAAGCUGUACAUUACAUCUUCAUUUCAUUUGUGUUAGCCAUAUACUACUGUAAUAGUACUUUUUUGUAGCCAUAUUUAUAUUUUUUUAAUACAGACCUUAUGAUGUAUGUUUACAAAUCUGUUUACAAACAUGGAUUCUAAAUUAAUAAAUCCAAAAAUGACA